UCUCUAUGGCCGGGCCCGGGCCCGCCGACGGCGUGGCCAUGGCUGAGGUGCCCGAGGAGGAGCGGCUCUUCCUGCGGCAGCACCCGCUCCUCACCCUCGCGGAACCGGGCAAGGUGAGAUGCAGGCUGACAGGCCACGAGAUGCCAUGUCGGCUGUCGGAGCUGCAGGCUUAUACUAAUGGCAAGAAGUAUCAGCGGCUGAUAAAGACAGCCAGAGAGUUUGACUAUGGCAAGUUUGAGCCCCAUAUAGUGCCCAGCACAAAGAAUCUACACCAGCUGUUUUGCAAGCUCACUCUCAGACACAUCAACAAGUUUCCAGAGCACGUGCUGCGUCAUGUCCAAGGGAAGCGCUAUCAGAAGGCCCUAAAAACAUAUGAGGAGUGCCAGAAGGAAGGAGUGGAGUACGUCCCUGCCUGCUUGCGACAGAAGAAGCAGAGGACGCACCACCCUGAUGAGCAAAUGAACGGGAGCAGACAGCCUUACAGAAAAGAGGAAUUCUGGGAGCCAAAGUCCAGCGAUGAGGAUGGAGAGGAGACGGAUGACAGCAUGAGUGACCUGUACCCACCUGCACUCUUCCCAGAAAAAAGCCCAGCAGCUCCACAAACCACAAAGGGCAGUGAUGACUUUGCAACAGACAGCGAGGAUGACGGGGCCAAGCAGAAUGGUGAUGUGAACGGAGAGGACAGUGGAAGAAUGGAUGUCAGCAGAGCAGUUGGCAACAAAAGGGGAAAGAAACAGUCAGGCCCUUUAAAGAAGAAAUUCAAGAGUCAUCAUCAAAACCCCAAGAACUUCAAGAAAGCAACAAAUGGCAAAUAAAUUUUAUGAUAAAUAUGUGG